CUUCCGGAUUUGACGCUACGCCAUAUUGAAAAAUAUUUCAUUUAGAAUAUUUUGAAAAGAAAUUAAAAUGGGAAGAAAAAAGAAGAAGCAAUUGAAGCCUUGGUGCUGGUAUUGCAACAGAGAAUUUGAUGAUGAAAAGAUUCUGAUUCAGCAUCAGAAAGCCAAGCAUUUUAAAUGCCACAUAUGUCACAAAAAGCUCUACACAGGACCUGGACUGUCCAUUCACUGCAUGCAGGUUCACAAAGAAAAAAUAGAUAAAGUGCCAAAUUCGCUGCCAGGGAGAAAUAACUGUGAAAUAGAAAUCUACGGAAUGGAGGGAAUUCCAGAGGAAGAUAUAAAAGCACAUGAAAAACAGAAGCAGGGGAAUGAAGGAGAGCCUCCCGGUAAGAAGUUGAAGGAAGAUACAGACAGUAAUGAUGGAAUGCCUGGUCCCUCGGGCAAUCAAAACCCCCAGGUACCCCCACCGUACGGCAUGAACAGAAUGCCAAUGCCUCCUGGUAAUAUGCCUUAUGGCAUGCCUCCCAUGCCCCCUAUGGGGCCUCCUGGGCCUAUGGGUCCAGGUCCAAUGAUGGGACCAAUGGGUCCUAUGGGGCCAAUGGGCCCUAUGCCACCAAUGGGACCAAUGGGACCUAUGGGUAUGCCCCCUAUGCCUGGGAUGCCUCCACGCCCUAACUUUAUGCCCAAUGGACCUCCAUCCACUAUGCCCGGGACCAUGCCUAUGAGUACGCAGAGUGGACCCGCUAAACCACUAUUUCCCUCAGCACAGUCAUCGCCGGCGACUAUUUCAGCACCUCCUACAGCUAACUUUAAGGCAGCGCCCAUGGCUGCCCCUGUCAAGCCUACGUUCCCCGCUGCUGCGGCGGCCCUCUCCAACUCCCCCGUCAAUAACAGUGCUACCAUAACGGGGGCCCCCCAAAUAAAGAAACCCGAGUCUAGUUCAGGUUUGACAUCCAAACUCAUUCACCCUGAGGAAGAUAUUUCCCUGGAGGAAAAAAGAGCAAUGAUGCCCAAAUAUAGAAGAGGCAUGGGGAAUUUAAAUCAGGGGCCAGGCCGACCACCAGCAUCAACAAUGAUGGGAGGUGUGCCAUCAAGUAUGGGGAUGUCCGGCGCAAAUGGUAGUGGUGGAUCCAACAUGUAUGGGAGUGGGAUGUCUUAUCAAGGACAGAGUGGAUUUAGGCCUCAGAUGACCAGCCGCCAGUACUGACCAUGACCUCUAGGAGUAGAUCCAAAGAUCAUCAAAUGUGUUUCUCAAAUGUGUUUCACUACAGCUAAGUCAAGCGUUUUUAAAAUGUUGUGGACAUUAAAAUAUGCAUGUAUCAAAAGUAUUGUGCGAAGGUACUUGGACUGCCAAAGUGUAUGAUUUUAAUGUGUUUUAUUUUGUGAACUAAUUAUAUUUUGUAGAUUUAAAUGAUGUCCAUAAAUUUUAAUAAUAAUAAAGAUCUGAGUAUCAAGGUAAGAAUAAAAUAAUCUGACAAAAGUGUUUUAUCAUCAAAAAGAUACUCAGGGGGUAAGUCAGCUAUUACAGCAAAUGUGUAAUUCUCUUCAUUGAAUGUUCAUCCGAUCUUGUCAUCUGCAUUAUUUUAUCACAAUAAAUAUUUCUUGAAUCGU